GUCUCCUAGGGAUAACGGAGCAGAGAACAGGGGUACCCUACCUUGGAACGGACGAGUCAAUACUGCUGCGUGGGAUUCAUCGCAACAUUGCAGAUCAAGAUUCUUCAUGUCCGUAAUGAGACAAUACACCACGGCCCGGGCCAUGGCCAGUCGGGGAGGCUCGUGCGUGUCCUGCUGCCAUGUUUGCGUUUUCGCGUUUACUGCAUUUCUCAUUAUGGCUGAGCGGACUGCGCUGAUCUACUGUUUUGUGUACUACCUGUGGGUGGGGCAUAACUACUGCUACGCCCACUGGGCGGGGCUUACGGCCUUGUUCCUCCUCCCUGGGUGGGGCCCCCAGUUGCUCAGUUGGCUGUGGUACCAGGCGGAUGGACGAAUGCGUAGCAAAGACCUCAAAUGGACUCACAUCCUGCACCUGGGCAUCUUUAGAAGGUUAUGGGAGACUAUGACGUCCGCUAGAGAGGAUCAGUGCAGUGAGAUAAUGCAGCAGGCUGACGUUUCAGCUCUCCGCCUGUUGGAGGCGCUGGUGGUCACUCUGCCACAGACCGUACUGCAGACCUACGUCCUCAUCUGUACAGAUGUAGGACUAUCUUCACCAGUCUCAGUAUGUUUUGUGUUGUGUCUGCUGUCCCUGGCCUGGGCCUUGGUCUUGUAUGCCAGAGCCUGUUCCCUCAUCAGACCUGGACAUCUCCCCAUGUCCCCUGCUGCUAUCACCUGUAGACUGCUCUGGAGGGUCAGCAUGUUGGGUGCACGUCUCGCCACCCUCGCACUCUUUACACGCCUGUUCCGUCAGUGGGUCCUUGGAGUUAUUGGUCUUCACUGGUUGGGUGCUACGUUCUGGUUGGUGUCUCAGCAGAGUGACAUCAUCAAAACGCCGCUGCGCUGGCACCUGUUCAACCUGGUGCUGGGAGCUGUUCACAUCUUCCUCUUCCUCAACGUCAAGGACGGAGCCUCCCGAUGCCGCAUGGCCGGAUUCUACCUGGCCAUGUUUAUCGAGAACGCUCUUCUUCUGCUGGCAGGUUCCGACUUCUUCAGUGCUGCAUCAUGGGAUACCAUGGGUAUCCCAACCGCUGUGUUCUGUAGUUUCCUCAUUGGUGUGAUAGCUCUAGUGCUGUACUACCGGUUCCUCCACCCCAAGUCCUUUGAGAUCUUCCAGAGCAUACGUAACCAUGGAAUGGGCGGUGCUUGUGCAGACCGGGGCUCUUCUCUCUCAUUGGAUGAGAAGAACCAUCGCCACGGUCAACUUGUUGGGGGCGGUACUUUGUUGGACCUCCCUGGCCAAUGGCAGGGCUGGAAGCACCACCACUGGCUGCUCAUUCGCCUAGCCCUGAAGACGGGGGAUGUGGCUAGAAUAAGCUACGCCUAUGGCGAUGGCGGAUUGGCCGGGCUGCUGGGACUGCGGGAAAUGGCUCUGCCAAGGUCCCCGGACAUUCCGCAACCUUCUCCCAUUGUUCCACAACCUACUCCCAACGUUCCACAACCUACUCCCAACGUUCCACAACCUUCUCCCAACAUUCCCCAGGUCAACGAGGUGGAGGAGGUGAUAAAGGCAGCCCCAGCAAGAGACAUCAUCAGUGAGGUGAGACAGGCGGUGAGACAUGAGGUGAGACCGGUGCUGUCCUCUCCCUCUCCCAUCCAGGAGGUCAAGCUGCCUCUGGUGGAGGUCCUAGUUGAGGAGGUCAGAGCCUGCCACCACUCAGAGCCUGCCACCCAGCAGGAUGACUCCAGCCCCCCUCCCUCCGAUGAUCGAGACGACGAAGACUUCCAGAGCGCCGCCUAUGGCUCCCCCACACCCUCGUCCCCCAGGCACCCAGACUACCGACACAUCGACAGCAACGUGGUCACCUCCAGCACCCAAGGGUCACCUUCCGUGGGGUCACUCGAUGUCAGACGUGGUUCGUCUCCAGAGAAAAGGUCACCGUCCCUGCUGGUGGGCAUGGGAAGCCCCCAGCGGAACUUUAAUCCUGCGGAGUCCGGCACCACCUUGUAUUUCAGCGCUGACGCAGUCUCCCCGUCCAGCGGCAGCUACCUGGGCUGGGGCUCUGAGCUGUCACCCAUCUCCAGCUACCGGAGCCCCUACCGCAUCAGGGAGCCCAUCUUCACCUCUACACCCAGACAGGAGCCUUGUGCUGGGCCAGAGGAACCAGGCCAUGGCCCCUCUACUACCACCACCACCGCCAUCACCACCCAUGCUAGAAAACAACUGGUCCAGUUUGUAGACCAUAGAGAUAAAUUGAUCUAGAGGGGCCAAUGGGUGGAGCGAAAUGAUCAGACCUGGUCAAAUACUCUCAAAUACAUGUUGACGUGUGUUUGAUUUAGCUCGACCAAUGUGCAGCUGGGUGGCGGAGUUUACACUUUUGGGAUUAUUUCAUUAGUUCCAUUGUACCACUGUUCCAUUCCAAGCUAAAUCAAGCGAGCGUAAAGUAUUUGAAAGUAUUUUACAUUUAUACAAUAAGGCCCGAAGGGGGUGUGGUAUAUGGCCAAUAUACCACAGCUAAGGGCUGUUCUUAUGCACGACGCAAAGCGGAGUGCCUGGAUACAGCCCUUAGCCGUGGUAUAUUGGCCAUAUACCACAAAUCCCCAGAGGUUCCUUAUUGCCAUUACGAACUGGUUACCAACAUAAUUAGAGCAGUAAAAAUAAGCGUUUUGUCACACCAGUGGUAUACAGUCUGAUAUACCAGGUCUGUCAGUCAAUCAGCAAUCAGGGCUCGAACCACCCAGUUUAUCAUAUUGUAUUUGACCCAGAUGUAGAGGUUAUAUAGAACACAAUAUAAAGAGAGUAUUUUAGAAGAUACAUGACAUUAGCCUGGGUGUCAGGCUGGUUCUGCUUUCAACAGUGCUAUUACAACUUUGUUAUCAUGCGAGACAACUGCUUUAUUACUAGCCAAGGGCGUGUUGAAGAAUUCAGAACCAGCCUGGCCCCCAGGCUAGCCAGAUGUGUUUCACACUAAAUAACUAUAGCAUGUCUUGAGAAUCCAGUAUUAUCAGCCAGUAUGAGGAUGUGAAUCCACAUGUAACUGAUACACACAGACACACUAACAUCAGAGAUGGAAGUAGUCUUUAAUGGAAGUAACAGUGGGAUAUCCUUUUUCUCUUAGGCCCUGAUUCAAUCACAGAUCAAAUCAAUUGCAUUGUGACUUCAUUCAGAACGUUUACGCUGUAUUCUAAUGACAUAUGAAGUUUCAUGUCCACAUUCAAUGAUAAUAUCUGUGAAAAUAAUAACUUGUAAGGAUGUGUCGGUUUUAACACGGUUUACACCUGUGAUAGUGUCAGCAUUCUGAGUGAACCCUCAGUGUGGUUUACCUUGAUAUGUGAUUGAUUGAAUCAGGGCUGUCAUAAAGAGUUAUGAUAUUCAAUUGUGAUUAUUAAGGAUUGACAGAGAAGAGAGUUUAUAUAUUUGUCUUUUUUUCUUGUAUAUAUAUGAUAUAAUUUGAGACAGUUUGCACUUCUGCGCGAAUAUGAUUUAUUGUGAUAUGAGUGGUUAACCAAAGGUUAGUCAAGAGAGGCUCUGAUCACACGUUAAGGUUUAGUAUACUUUUAUAGGCUUAGUGUAUAUACAAUAUUUAUUAUUUUAUCCAAAUGUGAUAUUUAAUCUGAAGGUACCCAACAAUAUAAGGUAAUAUAAGUUAAUAAUUUUUAUUAUGUGAAAUUUAAACGAAUAUUCAUACUCUUAUUUACGAUUAGUUUACAGCUAGUCCCGACAUGUCAAGCAGACAAUUCAGUCUGCUAGGUACUAGCAUUACAAUAUACAGUAUAUAUGAGAUUAUUCAAUUGUGUUCAAUUCAUUUCGGUCAGUAUACAGUAAGUACUGUUUCCAAGUGUUGAAUGCAUUUGAUAUGGUAAAGAUCUUUAUGAACCAUUUGUAGGGAGGAAUGACUUCUACUUCCUGCGAGACAGGAAGAAGAUCCAACUAAUCUGAUCUAUUGAAGUAGCACCAGAGCAGACUGUAUCUAUCAGUGUGGAAGUGUCUGAAACAAGCUGCUAGUAAUGUUGAUGAGCUUCCAGAUCCUUUAACCCUACAGCCUGGUCCCAUUUCUUUCCCUAGCCCAUUCCCUUAGUCCCUAGGGGCUUAGUUCAUAGAAGGGUCUAGGGAGAGAAGUAGUGGCAGGCCUAUCUAGGGGUUAUAGGUCACAUGCUGCUAUUGAUGUUUGGAGGUCAGUGUUAUCAGAUUUAUUUGUUAAUUAUUUUACAGUUUAUUUUGUUUGAUUGUGUUUUAUAGUGAGUUCAUAACUAACCUUGUCCACAGGCUCAAGAGAGACAGCUGUCUGGGGACCAGAUUAGUUCUGAACUAUUGUUUUAUGCUGUUGCUAUAAAGGGAAUGUGUUUAGCUAGAUGGAGCUGAGGAAACGGUAACAUUGCACGUACAUCCUUAUUUUUAUACAGCCUGACACGUGUACAGUAACUAAUGAUAGAUGUGAAUAAAUAAAGCACUCACACACAUUGCAUUAACUAGCUUUUAGAAUGUAUGUCUGUGCAAAGUUAAUAUGGUAGCUAAUAUAACCUACUAAUAUCAGUAUGGACUCUAUAAUGUAUCUUAGUGCACUAACCGGCUUUUAGAACGCUAUCUCAAAGCCAUGGCUUGAUAAUCAAACCGAUCAGUUGAUGAUAAGCGCUUGCCUUGUACAAACGACAGCAUCACAGCUGGCUGCCGGGUCUCAUUGCCUUACCUGUAUGUAAUGUUCAUCACAAUAAAUGGAAUGGAGGGGCUUCUAUUUUCAGUUUCUUGCUUUGUAUUCUUAGAAUGUUUAUUUCGGUUACAUUUACUGCAUGUAAUGUGUACGGACGGUAGUGUGAUUCAUUGUGUUUCGACUAGGUUUUAUAUCUGUACUUGACAAUAUGCAUUAACAAAAAUGUUUUUUUUUUUUAUUAUGAUUGUUACAUCGGGCAAAUGUGAUGCAUCUGAUUUUGGCUAUAAUUUAUUCUAAUAAUACUAGCGGUGGUUAAUAACUGUUUUAGUACACCUGAAUAAACACUAUCAUUACCACUA